AGCAACUGUAACGCAUCAGAAAACAGCAGCCAUUCAUCUACUGCUUUUUUUCAGCACCCCCCUCUCUCUCUCUCAUAUUCUCAUACUUUCUUUCUUUCUCUCUCCUCUCUCUCUAUUCACCAAAACCCAAGCAAACACACCAAGAAAGAGAGGGGAAAGGGGAGGAGAGACGAAACAAAGAAACAACAGAAGUCACCCAGUCACCCACCCUCCAAAAACAAGGAGUCCACACAAAACAGCCAUCCUCUCUUUCAGUCUUUCUCUCUCUUCCUAAUGGCCCAGCUGGACCAAAAUUUAUGUAGAAGAAAAACAAAAAAGAAAGAAGGAAAGAUAAAGAGAAGAUGGAAGGAAAGAAGGAAAGGUGUCUUCAAACGUAUUGCAACCAAACCGCCAUAAAAACAACUUCCCUGAAAUACCCUUCUGCAACGCCCAAAAAAAUCCAUCUUCAUCACAGCCCAAAAAAAUUAUUUUUCCGAUUUAUGUGGGCUUUCUUUCCUGGUUGUCUCGGUCAGAGUUUCAGAGAGAAAAGAGGAAACAAGGAACUUUGCCUCUCUCUCUCUCUCUCUACCUCUCUCUCCCCUUUACUUUUAUUUCAUUGCUUUCUCUCUGUUACCUCUUAACAUCUCGACCCUAUCUCUUUGUCGGUCUGUAUUUAAUUCGAGACCCAUCUCUUCUUCUACUUCGAGAUUCUUGGUUUCGAGGUUUUCGGUCUAGGGCUGCGUUUUAUUUUUGUUCAUCUUCUUCUGGGAUUUGUUGCGGGAGAUGCCAUGUUGAAGAAAAUGAAGAGGGUGGUUUCAAUGGAUCUUUCUCCUUCUCCCUCUCCUUCGUAUGUUGUUGAUGAGGACGCCAGGAGCAGAAUGAGGCAUCAACAUCUAAUGCAAGAGUAUGAAGAACUGGUGAAGGAUGUACAGGCCAUGAAGAAUAAUUUGCAGAGAGCCAAAGAAAGGAAGCUAACCCUGUUAGCUGAAGUCAAGUUCUUGAGGGGAAGAUACAAGUAUCUGAUGAAAAACCAAAUUCCAAAUCCCCAACAAGAACGUAACCCUGUUUGGAUCCAAAAUCCAGAAAUCCGAAGCGAAAUCCUUUCCAAGGAAAGGACUUACAAGCAGAAAGAAGUUGCCAUGAAGAACCCAGCUCCAGUUUUGGAUCUGAAUCAGAUUUCAAGGGGCGAAGAUGAAGGAGAAUUCCAGGUUGCUUGGGAACCCAUGAAAGUGGAGAAGAAGGCAAAGAAGGUAGAUGAGCAACCAAACGAUCUGAAAUUAUCAGUAUGUAGAGAUAUGGGGAAUGGUUCUAAUCGGUCUGGGAAGAGGAAGAUUUCAUGGCAAGAUCAGGUGGCUUUGAGGGUUUAAAUUGAUCAAAUUGUAGAAGUGGUCUUCUCUUGGAAGAAAAGGGUGCUUGUCAUGCCUUGAAGGUUAAUUAACAUCCUUUUACAGCUUUUUUUUACCCUUUUUCUUUGUAAAGGAAUUACAAUUGUUAGCAUACAUGAAAGUUGUGGAAAACGAUUCCCAUUAUUCUGGUAGAUAUGAAGUUGUUCAUUCUUCAUUGCUUUCUUUGAACUGUAAUAUAUGGGUGAAGGUUAAUUAAUCACAUAGUUCCACACAGUUCAGAUUAUUACUUGAUUA